UUGUAAUCGAUUGAACAGCGCUUGCAUCAGCGCGUGGAAACGGCACUCACCGGGAAAGUUGCAGACAGGGUAGUUUUGUCAUUUUUAAAGUAAAUUAUUGUCAGCGUUGAGCCAGGUGUCACCCUUAAACCCGUCUGAAACGUAGCUGAGCAACACACACGGCCCAAAUGAAACUGUUCGCAAGUGAAGGCAACCCGCAUUGCCUGAAGGCGCUAGCUGCUUUAGAAGUGACUGGAGUACAAUGUGACGUUCAAUAUGUCAACCACGAAGAGAGAGUGGUGCCCUUCCUCAGCCGUCCAGCCUUGCCAGCCCUGCUCCUGCCCAACGGACUGUACCUUUUCAGCUCCAAUGCCAUCUGCCGAUACCUGUUUGAAGUGAGUGGACAGGAGAGCAGUGACCUUUGCAGUCAGUGGCUUGAAUGGGAGGCUACUGACCUUCAGCCUGCAGUGCUGCGGGCUCUGCAUGUGGCAGUGCUUCAGGGAAAAGGAGCAGAGGUGUCCAAAGCCCUUCAGGGCCCCCUGAACUACCUGGACCAGAGCUUGAGCAAGAGGACCACGCCAUAUUUAACUGCAGAAAGUGUUUCGGUUGCUGAUGUUGUUCUGUGGUCUGCACUGUACCCUGCUUUAUCUGCCUCUUCUCUAGCAGUGGAUGUGCCUAAGUCGGUGCAGGCCUGGUUUGACCGUGUGGCUGCUAUACAGGGCUGCCAGGCUGCUGCUCAGAAGGUGCUGCAGGGAAAAGGCCUGCAGGGCAUGAAGAACUACAUGCAGAGGCAGCCUGCCCCCCAGAGCAGCCAGUGCCGAGACACUUUGUCACAUAACAGCAGCCCCACUGAGUGUGAUGAAGGGGAGCGUGUGGUGUCAGAAGAGGAGAUGGAGGCAGCUGCUCUCACCUGGAGUAAAGGUUUGGACAGCUGUCCAGUGGCCACAGAGAGGCAGCACCCCAUCCUGCCUCAGGAGGGCAAGCGUAACAUCCUGCUGACCAGCGCCUUGCCUUACGUCAACAACGUCCCUCACCUGGGCAACAUCAUUGGCUGUGUCCUCAGCGCUGAUGUCUUCUCCAGAUAUGGCCGUCUGCGUGGCUGGAACCUGCUUUUCAUAUGCGGUACAGAUGAAUAUGGCACAGCCACAGAGAACAAGGCCAGAGAGGAAGGCCUAACACCGCAGCAGAUCUGUGACAAGUACCAUGCCGUCCACGCCAGCAUCUACAAGUGGUUCCAGAUUGACUUUGACUUUUUCGGCAGAACCACCACCAAGAAACAGACGGAGAUUGCUCAGGACAUUUUCUGGCGGCUCCAUAAGCGGGAUUUCCUAGUGGAGGACACGGUGGAGCAGCUACGCUGUGAGAGCUGCCAGCGCUUCCUGGCUGACCGCUUUGUAGAAGGAAUCUGUCCCUUCUGCAACUACCCAGAGGCCCGUGGGGACCAGUGUGACAAGUGUGGGCGGCUCAUCAACGCCGUGGAGCUCAGGGAACCCCAGUGCAAAGUCUGCAGGCAGACUCCUGUCAUCCGCUCCUCCAAACAUCUGUUCUUGGACCUGCCCAAGUUGGAGGGUCAGUUGGACGAGUGGCUGGAUAAAUCAACUGGCUCAGGAGACUGGACUGCCAACGCCAAACAGAUCACCCGCUCAUGGCUGCGAGACGGACUCAAACCUCGCUGCAUCACCAGGGACCUGAAGUGGGGAACACCAGUGCCUCACCCAGACUUUGCAGAGAAGGUGUUCUAUGUGUGGUUUGAUGCUCCUAUCGGCUACCUGUCCAUCACUGCCAACUACACAGACCAAUGGGAGAAGUGGUGGAAGAAUCCUCAGCAGGUGGAGCUAUAUAACUUCAUGGCUAAGGACAAUGUGCCGUUCCACAGUGUGGUGUUCCCCUGCUCCCUACUGGGAGCUCAGGACAACUACACCCUGGUCAACCACCUCGUUGCCACUGAAUAUCUGAAUUACGAGGACACAAAGUUCUCCAAGAGCCGUGGUGUGGGUGUGUUUGGAGACAUGGCCCAGGACACAGGCAUCCCCUCCGAUGUGUGGCGGUUCUACCUGCUGUACCUGCGUCCAGAGGGCCAGGAUUCAGCUUUCUCCUGGGCUGACAUGGCUCUGAAGAACAACUCUGAGCUGCUCAAUAACCUGGGCAACUUCAUCAACAGAGCUGGGAUGUUUGUCAGUAAGUUCUUUGACGGCUGUGUUCCUGUGAUGGAGCUACAACAGGAAGACAAGAGGCUUCUGGCUCAGGUGGGCUGGGAGCUGCGCCAGUACAUCCAGCUCAUGGACAAAGUCAAAAUCCGCGAUGCUCUGAAACACAUCCUGAACAUCUCUCGUCAUGGCAACCAGUACAUUCAGGUUAACGAACCCUGGAAGAAUAUCAAAGGAGGCGACUCAGAAAGGCAGCGUGCGAGCACAGUAACCGGUUUGUCCGUGAACAUUGCGUGCUUGCUGUCCGUGAUGUUACAGCCGUACAUGCCGGCGGUCAGCCAAACCAUCAGGAAGCAGCUCAACGCGCCCGAGUCAUGUAUCAACACCAUGUUGCAAGGCACUGGCACCUUUGUAUGUGCCCUGACUGCUGGCCACCGCAUCGGCACGGUCAGUCCAUUGUUCCAGAAACUGGAGGCGGACCAGAUCGAGGCUUUGAAGAAGAGAUUUGGUGGACAGCAGCCUGAGGAUGAACCACCUAAAAAGAAGACUCAGGCGACAUCUCAGAACACUGCCAGCGCCAAGCCUGCUGCUGCGCCAGCCCCAGUCGCUGUUGCCGAGACGGCGGCGGUGAAUGGAGCCGACCCAGAGAGAGCCAGGCAGCUCACACAGGCUGUGGCUGAGCAGGGCGACAAGGUGCGAACACUCAAGGCCCAGAAGGCAGAGAAGGCCGUUAUCACAGCAGAGGUGGCCAUGCUGUUGGACCUGAAGAAACAGCUCGCUCUGGCAGAGGGGAAGAGCCCCGAGCCCACACCUCAGAAGGGCAAGAAGAAGUGAGAGAGAGAAAGAAAAAAAAACUGACAGGUGAAAGGAGUCUGGGGAAUUUCCAGUUACCAAGCUCCCUUCUCUCUGUCCUGUGCCCUUGGUCAAGGUUCCACGCCCCUGUCCGCCUGCCACACACACACACACACACACACACACACUCUCACACACACACACACACACACACACACACACACACACACACACACACACACACCAGCUGUCGGAAUCCUUCCCCUCUAUGAACUGAGACCAACUGAUACAGCUGUUAACAUGAACUGGAGAUACAGUAAAUAUUUUACCCCCGGCUCGCCCUUUCUUAUCGUCUUACCACGUUUGCCCUCUUUUCCCGGGUCCCAGACAGCCAGACACCUCGCCUCACCAACAGCUGUGAGAGCAGUUCACUAAACCAGAGGAAACGCCGGCCUGUUGGCGAGAGCCGCAGGAAAGGUACAUCAAAAAAUCUUGGUCUGUUUUGGGAAAAAUGUAGUUCCAACUCGAAUGCGAGUUCCUAUGGCUGCCGUACACCCACAAGGUUUAAAGGCAAUAUAAAUGGGCAAUUUUGCCAAUAAUUAUGAGUAACAGAAUUUUGUCUUUAAGCUUUUGCUCUCCAUUGCAUUCAUCUCAUUUGCCAAUUCUCAUCUCUGCUGAAGCCAAUAGUGCAAUUCUCUAUUGUCUGAAGCAGAUGCCCAUUAAUCAUCACCUUUACAUUUUAUUUCCUGGAGAAGUUGCCCAUUUAUCAUCUCCUAUACAAGUGGGAUGUCCGGCGUUCGCAGUGGUACACUUUCUUUAUGUGCACACACUCAGAAGUUAAUUCACAACAUUUUUGGAAAGUUAUUAAGCUAACUCCUCAACCCCACCUCACCCCAGAUUUAAUGGGUACACGCCACAUCCACUUGUUGUUAGGCAUGAUUUCCCUGUUUAGAGCUUUAGGAGACUUUCCAGACAAUCUUGUUAAUCUUGUUAACCAAUUAACCCCUGUGUACCCCCUACCGUUUCCUGUUCUUACCCACCCUUCCCUGUUUUCAUUCGCUCCCAAGCUUCAUUCUGCCCCACAACUGUAUCCACCCUCUUCCUCUCUCCUCCCUCUCGCCUUCAGUCCAGGCGUACACAAACCUCACCUGUCCAGACCCAUUCAGGGAAUGUGGAAAACUGGAAGAUGCAGCGGCGCACAGCUCCUUGCCUUCUUCUCUCCGUAGCGGCUUUUUGCCUUGUCUGAAAUCAGUUGAUCUUUGUCUGCAUCAACUUUCCCCUGCCUGCUUUUUGCUUUAAGCUCCAUUGUUGAUUUUGUUAUUUUUGGUUUCAUAGGUAAGAGCAAUAAAAUAACAAUAUUAUACCAUAAUAAUGCAUCAUUUGGAACUGUGAAUAUUACUUUGAAAUCUAAUUUGUAAAAAAUAUUUAAUCACAGAGCAUUGUAAUCAGUCUGCAUAAUCAUUGCUCAAAUUCCAUAAGGUAGACUGAUUAUUUCCAGUCACUUUGAAAAUUGUGAUUAUUUUGUCUCCAGGAUCGCUAGUAUGUAGGAGACAGAUGUACAGUUUGUACAAGUUUACAGAGUUUAAUUUUAACACGUAUUUAUUACCGUCUGAAUCCACUCUCAAUACCAGUCAUUUGUCAGAGAUUUUUCAUCACUGACUUAACAUGCCAAAGAUAAGACAUGAGAAAAAAGCCAAAAGUAAAGCCAAGCCAAAGAAGAGACUGUAGGGCAUUAAACAUUAAACGCCUGUCUGAACAGGUGGGUAUACUGGCAGUGAGACAGACACUCCAGGCUCUCCUUCCAUCCUUCUCUUCCCUUCCUCGUAGUUUCCCCAACCUGCAGCAGAAACAAAGGUUUUGGAGCGAUUGGCGCUCCCGGUAGCCCCCCUCUCUGUAGACAAGAAGUCCAGCCUGAGCACUUAGGAGCCUAAAGAGCUACUUUGUCCAGUGUGGCUGGGGUGUUGAAGGAGGCAGAAAGCAGGGCGGAGGGAAUUCAAGUUUUGUUGCGCCAACACCGGGCUGCCAGCAUGUGUAGCCACUAUUCCACCACACAGUCAAGAAUAACCAUGGCUUAAGCGGUAUUUAUGUUACUAAAUCCCUUAAGAAUAUUUGCUCUGUGUUUUUGUCGUGUCUUUAAAAUCUUUUUUUUUUUUUUUUUUUCCCACCGGAUAAUAUGCACUCAUUCUUUUUUUUUUUUUUUUUUUUAAAUUCAUUCAUUAAUUGUCUUUGUCACCUCAUUCUUAUGACAUGAGGUGAGGCAUAAUUUGAGAUAAAAUUAUAACACACUUCUUGCCUUUAUCACCAGCAUUCUGAGCGAGGCCUGAACCCUUGGCAAACUCCGGUUGCUUUUUGACAGAUGGGGUCGGCCUGGCCGGAUCUUGAGCACCAAAAUAGACGGACAUUAUAUACAGUACAUGGUAUGUCUCUGUGCUCAUCUGGGCCAUUUGCCUCUGAGUCUCAUUCCCUGUAAGUCACACUUGAUCUCUUCCAGCUGAAUUCGCCACACUCCAGCCCCACUGUCCUCGCAGCUCAGCUCCGCUAUAUGCACAGUAUGGGAAAACGGCAAGCUGGGAUGCAUGCUCAAAUAAAAUAUGGAUGUGAUACAC